AUGUCCCAUCCAGGUUGUACGUCGAGCACUACAUCAUUGUGGGAUUGCGAAGGAUUUCUGAAUGAGAAUGUGAUACAGCUAAGUGAAAAUCUGUGCCAAGGUGAGGACGACAUUGGGAUUCGUUGCUGGGGACCCCCUUCAUUUCCCGGUUGGCAAAAACACUGGAAAGGCCUGCAAAUUCUGUCUUCGCCUUUCACUUUUGUGAGUUCAGACCCGGAUUUGGUUUCUGUCCAUCGGGAAUCAAUCAGCAGACUCGAAUUUUUGGAUAUCCUGUAUGCUGGAUAUGAUGGGUCAACGAAGAAUACGACAGCAGCUAUCUGGAUUGAAGGAGUCCCACCGAUAAUGAAUGGCCUUCGAGUUGAGAACAGUGCUCGAGACGCUAUCCACAUCGAGCAGCCGAGUGGGCCGGUUUUCAUCGCCAAUUCAACGAUUAUUAAUAAUAGAGGUCAUGGAAUAGCAAUAAGUAAUAGCAGUGAUGGGCGAGUGUAUAUUAACAUGACAACCAUUGCAAAUAAUUUCGGGGACGGUAUUCACUAUCGUGAGCAAUUUGGAGCAUUCUGGCACCUCACUUCAUCUGGUUAG